AAAAGGAGGACAAAAGAGAAAAGAAGUAACGGAAGAAGCUAGGAGGACAAGAGAUGUCCCCAGUUCCACGUUGCUUUGCUCACUGUCCCUUCAGGAGGAGCAGUGCCCAGGCAGGGGAGGGCAGGGAGGAAUGACAACUCCCAAUGUCCUUCCCCUCCUCCCAACUCUGCCUCAGGCCUGACGUCCACCAAGAAAACUCAGGACACAGGCUCAGGGACCUUUGGGGGAAAAGGCUCCAGAAGCUGACAGAUUCCAGCUGGGCUGGAGACAAACACACCCCAUCCUGCCGUCCAAUGGCAGGUGCCACUCAGGUGUUACCAGCUCUCAUCCCCUCCCUCAGAGACAUGGCUUCAGGGGCCAAGCAAGUCUUAUCCAUCACAGACUCUGGUGUCUUGUCACUCUCAGAGACCCCUGUUCUCCCAUCUCCGAAUGCUCCACCCUGCAUGGGACACAUUGGAGGGCAUUCAGGUAUUUUUCUGGUGGCCCAUGGGGCUCAACUCCACUUUCUGCAUUUCAGAGAACUUAGGGAACAUACAGCAGAGGCCUCUAACCAUCACCUGGCCUGGCAUCAUGGGAAUGUCUUGGCUUAUUUGCAAAGGGAACCCCACCCUAUCUCUCUGCCUUCCAGGGCUGCCCCAGCCCCUCGGGGGCUAGGAGAGGAUUUGGCCUGGUACUUGCUCCCUCUCUAGACCACUCCUGUCUUCUCAAGCACGAGAGAGGCAGAGCAAGUGCUUAGAGAACAUAACCCAGUACAGUCCCGGUCACUUGUGACAGGCUCGGGCCUGGACCAAGGGGGCAGCCUGACCUCCCCUCCAAGUAUGAAGGCUGGAACACAAAUCCAUGUCCUUUCAGCUAAAAUGAGUAGGAGGCAAGCUUACCACUGUUUCUAGACACACGCUCCUGCAACAAAAAGGCAGGGAUGGCUCUAGAGAGAGGAGGAGGAAAGAAGAGGGAACUUCCCAGCGAAGAAACACCAGCCUCAGAAAAUCUGCGAAAGGCUAGGCCCCACGGGCAUCCCCAGCUCCUUGGGGAGGAGCAAAGGGUCUUAAUGGGCAGGUAUUCUCUGUAGAAACCCCAGCGUCUGGGGUCCAGACAGAAAGUGGCACAAAGGGCAGGGAAGCUGGCACGUGGCCAGGCGGGGCCAGAAGGAGACGAGGUGCAGAGCUAAGGCCCCUGCCGGGCCUCCGGCCUGCAACCUGGGCCCACAUAACUUUCUGACAUGCCAUACCUACUGGCUGCCAUGUUCACACCCCAAAACCUGAGAUUUGCCCUUAAAAUGGAGAUUGGGGAUGUGGGAAUCAGUGUGACUGGCCAGCCUGGCUCAAGUGGUCAUGAAGGGCAGCCGAAGUCCCUCAGGGCCCCCGGAGUUGCCUUUGAGGCAGAAAUACAGAGCAUCUUUGAGGACUCCUGCUCUGCCUGUGGGAAGGUGGGAAAAAUGCUCAAAAUACAGUAAAAGCAAGGGCCAGGACCCAAAGGGGUCUCACUCCCUGUUUCUCUGGACUCUCUGUGGGGUGCCUGUGUGCAGGAUUUCUGCAGAAGAUAGUCCAUUUUGUUAAGCCUUUGAAUAUUCAAAUUGAAAGUAUCGCGCAAUCAUUGAUUGUCAAAUCAUGGGUUUCUAGAGGUUUUAAAUACUUGGCAUGAGGGGGAAAAAACUCAAACCUAUACCCGAAGGUAUAAAACAUUAAUUCUGUUUGUCUCCUGCUCCAGGAACCUGAGUGCAGCUGGAUGCUUUGUGAAACUUUAAAAAUGUUGCAUCUCUGCUUCUCUCCUUGCACAGGAGCCCUCCUAGGCACUGAGUCCCUGCAGCUGCAGCACCCAGCCACCGGCCCAGCUUCUGCUGACCACGAUGUCCGAAAAACCAAAAGUGUACCAAGGUGUCCGGGUGAAGAUCACGGUGAAGGAGCUGCUGCAGCAGAGAAGGGCGCACCAGGCAGCCUCAGGGGGAACCCUGUCUGGAGGCAACAGUGUCCAGCUUUCAGACCCAGUUGCACCAUCUCCUGCAGGACUGUGUUUUGAGCCUGAGCCGAUUUCUUCCACGCCUAAUUAUUUUCAACCCCGAGAAUUUUCCAGUUGUGUUUCUUGUGAAGAAAACCCGAGCUGCCUCGACCAGAUCUUUGAUUCCUACCUUCAGACGGAGACACACUCGGACCCUUCGCUCAAUUCCAUGCAAAGUACUCCACACUAUUUCCCAGACAGCUUCCAAGCUGCCCCUUUCUGCUUCAACCAGAGCCUGACCCCAGAAUCGCCUUCGGAUUCCUCCACUCUCUCUGGUUCCUUAGACUACAGUUACUCACCGGCUCAGCUACCUUCAUAUGCUCCAGAGAAUUACAAUUGCCCCCCUUCUCUGGACACCAGAAACUGUGGCUAUCCUUCAGAAGACUAUUCCUACCCUCUCUUGCCCUCACAUGCCCAGUACGACUGCUUUUCCUCGGCCGCCACUUCGGUCUGCUACUGUGCGUCCUGUGAGGCAGAACACUUGGACACCAUCAGAGCGUCAGAGUAUUUUUCCUAUCCCAGCACAGACUGUGUGAACUUUGCUCCCUCAGCAGCAGGAACCAGUGAUUUCUAUAAGAGGGAAACAAACUGUGACAUCUGCUAUAGUUAAUAGAGAUUACAUUCAUUUGGAACAUGGCAUGUGUCUAUCUAUUUUUCUACCACACCAAAUGACAACCGAGAUGUGCGACCUGUUAACAAAAUAUCCAAGCACAGCUUACGUGUCACCAUUUUCAAUUUUCUGAUGCUAACUUAGGCAUUAACAUGAAGUCCUCAGACCUGGUCAUGAUUCCACUCCUACUUUGUAUGCUGAUAGUUAAAAUUUUUGUAGGGAAUACUCAAUUGUUUUAC